AUGGAGCGGCUGGCUGGUGCCACAGCUCUCGCACAUGGGAAGGUGCAGGAGGGUAGGCGGCUGAUUUUCAGUGCAUACAUGUCUGCUCGGAAGCAUGGAAUGAAGGGUGAAGUGGCUCGCUGCCUCAGGCUGAUUGCAGACACCCAGACGGGUCAAGAUCGGCUCAGUAGUUUGAAUGCUGCAGUUGAAGGGCUUGCCGUGGCUGGUGUGCCAUUUGAACAUGCUGAAGCUCUACUGUGUCUUGCACAAGCUGAGGUCCAAGAAUCGAUCAGUCUCUCAGGGUUUGCAUACACAAGCAUUGACGUAGUGGCUUCGCUCGAGAAGCUGAGCUAUAGCCUUGAAGUGCCACAGCAGAAUGCACGCUUGAUGAAGGCCAAGUCUCACCUCAGGACUGCUGCUGGCCUGCUAAUGACUGAGCUUUCAUCUUCCAAGUAUCGCUCUUGCUCCAAGAGCGUCAUGAGCCAGUAUAACUCCCCUACCGGGAGAAGGAAGAGUAGCAGCGGUUCCAAGAAAUCCAAGAAGCCUGAUUUGUUGGAAGAGGAGAGGUCCACGCUGUCGGGUCUAUUGGGAAGUGUUCAUGAGCUGACUGGGAAGGUGGGGAUUCUGAUGCAGCAGUUGGAUGAUGCCAACGUUGCCCUGCAUGCUGCCGCCUCAAAUGAGGACUGGCGCAAAGGCAGUCGGGAAGAGGCUGCUCAGGUCGAAACCUUCCUGGAGCACUAUAACGGGGCAGGAGUGCAGCACAUCGCACUAAUGUGCACAGACAUUGUUAAGGCUGUUAAAGAGAUGAAGGCUGGGAGCGAAAUGGGGGGGUUUGCGUUCCUGCCCAGGCCGUCGGUUAAGUACUAUAGGGAGCUGUCGUCGAGGGUGGGGAGUUUAAUCACUGAGGAGGAGAUGGAGGAGUAUGAGGAGUUGGGGAUUCUGGUGGAUGUGGAUGCUGGGGGAGUGCUGCUUCAGAUAUUCACUGCUCCCAUUGGGGACAGGCCCACGGUCUUCAUUGAGAUUCUUCAGAGGGUGGGAAUGAAGAAGGGCCUUCAAGCCGUUCCCAUGCAGCAGUUUCCUCGUGGGGGGUGUGGUGGGUUCGGCACAGGAAACCUGCUGGAGCUCUUCCGAUCGUUAGACACGGUUCAGACACCUUCCAAGGUGUACCCGUGA